CAUUCUCUUUUCUUUCUAUAAUUUGGUUGCUUUUUAGGUUUUCUUUUUGUUUUUUUUCAAGUAUCACCACCAUCACUCACAGCACCCCAGAAAAGCAAAUUAAUACGAGAAAAUACAUAAAUUCCGACCAAUCAAAACCCACCACUUUCUUCCAUUUUCCAUCCUAAAUGAGCUAGGAUUGUAUUUGAUUCUUCUGGCUUACUUCGGAAAGCGAAAAAACAGUUAUGCAGCUAAUCUCUUUAUCACAGUUCAUAUGUUCGGGUUUAGAUAAACUAUUUUACGAUAUGACGAGACAAAAGAUUGAGAUCAAGAAGAUCGACAACACAGCGGCGAGGCAGGUGACUUUCUCGAAGAGGAUAAGAGGGCUUUUCAAGAAAGCUCAUAAACUUUCCACUCUGUGCGAUGCUGAGACAGCUCUGCUGGUGUUUUCAGCCACCGGAAAGCUCUUUGAAUACUCCAGCACCAGUACGAGGCAGGUGAUUGAAAGGCGUGGUUUGCUACCGGAAAGGAUUGACAAAUUGGUUACAACUCCAUAUCUUGAGCUGCAGCUUGAAAGCACCACACACAACAUGUUGAGCAAGGAAGUUGCAGAAAAGACCCGAGAACUGAGACAGCUGAGGGGAGAAGAACUCCAAGGAUUAAACCUAGAAGAGUUGAAACAGCUAGAGAAAUUACUCAAAACCGGCCUUAAGAGGAAGAAUUUUUUGUCUGCGAUAAUAACCUACUACUCAUCGUUGUUGAAUUUGAAGGGAGCAGAACUCAAGGAAGAAAACCAGAGAUUGAAACAAGUGGAGAGUUUACCUCAUGCAGUCCAAGAAUUUGUAGGUCAUCAAGGCCAGCCAUCAGAGCCAGUUGCCCAUGUUCACACAUCUAGAGACCCUCGGCCUCAUGGUUACAAUAAUAGCUCUGACAUUUCUCUCGCACUGGGGUUGCCUUACCCUAACUGAUAGAAACAUUAGAGGGGAUGUUGUGAAGAAAUGAUCAUCUUCAUGCAUAUUAUCUCAUCUUUAAAGGCCAUUUUAUCCAAGUAAAUAUAGAACCUGAAUUGUUUAUUUUAAUGUACUUGUGUAUCAAUAGGCUCGAGAUAACCAAUUGUUAUUGAUGCUUAGGGAAGAUAGUGAAAAUGGGAUAUCCAAUACUAUUCGGUGAUAAAAAUAAUUGUUGU